CCCUCGCUCAGUUAAAAAAAAAACAUGUGAAACUAAAUCCGAGCAGCAGCCAGCAGGUCAUAGAGACUAGUUAUUUUAAAACCAAUCUCAACUACCUCGCGAACAUGGAAGACGCAGCGAACACCUUGUUUAAAGAAAUAAUCUUCGCGUUGAAAGAUAACAGAGUAAAAUGAGGGAACGGCGCUGUGCUUGUUUAACGCUUGUUGUUGUUUGGCUCCAAUGUCUCUGCCCGUAGUGUUGCCCGGAUCUUGUUGUCGUUUGUCGGGGGCCGCUUUGGCCCAUCAUUUCGCAAACAGAAGUCGCAGCCGGUGCGCGACUGCUCUUCCUUCCCGCAUGUCUGGAACUCAGACGCGGCUCAUCCCAGCGCUGCUGCCCGCUCGCCCGCUGCUCUCACUCGGCUUAGUGCAGCUGGUGCUCGGCUGCUCCAUGGUGGCGCUCUCUUUCGGGGCUCUGUCCCUUAGCAAUUCACCCCCGAUCAGAAACUCCUGUCCGUUCUGGGCCGGAUCUUCAGUUAUUCUCUCUGGCAUCAUAGGGUUGACCACAUGGAAACGGCCGAUGCUUCUGCUGGUGAACCUGUUUGUAUUGCUGUCAGUGGUCUGCAUUCUGCUAAACCUGGCGGGGUUCAUUCUCUGCUGUCAAGGAGCUCAGCUGGUCUCCAGUACCAUCAACUGCCAGCUGAGUGAGCAGGGUGACCUUUGUUACUGCUGUUCGGAGACCCCAAGCACCGAGUGCCAAGAGGAGAAGUUGGUAAAGAUCUAUGCAGGCCAUGCGUGUGGCACAAUGAGAAUCCUGCUCAAGAAAGUCCUCUUUGCGUUGUGUGCGCUCAAUGCUCUCGCUACAGCUGUGUGUUUGGUCGCUGCGGCGCUCAGAUAUCUCCAGAUCUUCUCAACCAGACGACCCUGCAUGGAAGAAGCCAGGCCGGUUCCAGAAGAAGUGGAGGUGCACACUCGUCUCCCAGACCCCGAUGAGUUUGUUGCCCCUGCGCCCCCACCCUCUUACUUCUCCACCUUUUACUCGUACACCCCACGCCUGGCCCGCAGGAUGUUUGGUGACUGCACGAUUCCUCUUCCUCAUAUAUAUGGCGCCAGGAUUAAAGGUGUGGAGGUCUUCUGUCCACUAGAACCUCCUCCACCUUAUGAAGCUGUUGCAUCACAGCCAGCAACACAGGUCCAGCAGGCUGAGGUGCAAAUGUCUGACCUGACAGAGGUCCUCACAGAGGCCACAGAAACAGAUACACCCACUGAUGACAGGUGCCGUCAGACGGCCAUACUGAGCUCCACCCCACCAUCACAGUCCAGACAGCCUCACACUGCAGUUUCCCCAUCCAGAAGACCUCAAAGAACCUGCCUCCGCAGGUCCAACAGUGACCCUGUCCUGCUGGACCUCACUGCCAAGGUAAUAAGUUGUGAGGCAGCUACACAGACAGAGUUAGGUCCAGGUCCCGCUCCUGGAUCAGUGACAGGAACGGUUACGCUACGACGGGAGCGUGGCAAACGGAAGCCCCGCCCUAACUCCAUGGUGGACUACCAGAGCUAUAAAGACACGAAACUGCUGGUGGCACGGUUUUUGGAGCAAUCUGCCUGCAGCUUAACUCCUGAGGUACAGGAGCUGGUCAAUAGCAUUAAAACCGUGCUGCGCUCCGAUGAGGAACACAUGGAGGAGGCUGUCCGAUGUGCCAGCUUCAUUGACCAGGCCAUCACUGUUUCAGUGACGGCACCGGCGCAACCCACCCGCAGCAAACACGUGCAGAUAGAGCCCGCCUCCAACACGCUGCCCCUGCGUAAGCGUCCGGGCAUCCUCCACCUGCUCAGCUGUGGCGACCUCAGCUCCUUCACUUGGGCGGAGCUUCAGGGCGUGCCGGAACGCAGGCCGGCCCCUUAUUCCCGAACAAACUCCAGGACGGGCUCUCGGGCAGGAUCCCGCCGCCUGGAACAGGAACGUCCACACAGCCUUAUAGGAGUCUUCAGAGAAACCGUCCUCUGAGUGA